ACCCUUCUCUAAACGGUUGUUUAUUUUACAGCAAGAGAAGCCCAUUCAGAUGUUUGCAGCUGACUCAGAGCUACAGACCUCUACUCACUUAAGAGAAAGAUUAUAUUUCAGAAACAGAAAUAAUAAUUUGCAGAGACCAUGAGGUUUAUCUUUAUUGGCUUAAUUUCCCUCUGCAUGCUGAUGAAUCCAUUAACAGAUGCCCGGCCAGUACAGGAUGAAGACGACCCGUAUCAGGAACCUGCAGCCCUGCCAUACUGGCCUUUCUGGUCCAGUGAUUUUUGGUCGUACGUGGAGUAUUUCCGGACUCUGGGAGCAUACAACAGAAUCAACGAAAUGGCCAGAACCCUGUUUGCUCAAUACCCUUUUGGAAAUAACCUUGGUUAUGAUGUUCCCUAUCAUGAGCACUAAUGAUUUUUCUCAUUUUGCUAAAGUUAGUGCUGAGACUUUUAAAGAAAUUUACUGCUGCCAGUAAACUUGCCAGAAUUGCCCAUUCAGUCUGUUAUGUUGUUUCAAUGUUUUCAAACAUUUGAGUAUCCUUAUAUUGUAUAGCGUUUCCAUGUUUGUAAAAUGGCAGACAAUUAGUCCGGCUUUUCCUUUCAAUACAGUGUAUUCUUUUGUGCAAAAAUAAAUAAUUCAUUGAUUUCAA